AUGGCUGGGAGAAUGAGCCUAGUCAGUCACAUAGCUGCGGAUUCUGAAAAAGCUCCACGAUCGUAUCGUGGAUGGCAUCCAAGAGGCUCUGAGGUUGCUGGCUCAGAAGCCUCUGCACGACCUCCUUCAUGUGCACAUCACUCCAGAUAUGGGAUGUCGAGGCCUGUGAGGAUGUCGAAGGGUUUCGAGCUGGUUCAAAGGCUUCAUGGAUUCCAUGUUCAUACUCUUGGUGACACCACCAAUGGUUGCAUGUCUACUGAUGGGCCGCAUUUUAAUCCUGCUGGGAAGGAACAUGGGGCACCUGAAGAUGAGAACUGCCACACUGAUGAUCUUGAAAAUAUGACUGCUGGUGAAGAUGAGACUGUUAAUUUUAGCAUUGUUGACAAGCAGAUUCCUCAAAGUGGACCAAAUUCUAUUAUUGGAAGGGUUGUUGUUGUCCAUGCCAAUCCUGAUAACCUCAAAAAGGGUAAACUUUACUCCUCAGAUAUUCAUGUUAACUUCAUAUUUCAUUAA